UUGUUUUGAGCAUGCGUUGAAAUGCCACAGUGCCCCUUGUGUGUACGUCCGUGUGUGUUGCUAUAUAACGAGGAAAAAUCGUUUCAGUCGUCUCCUGCUCAUCAAAUGUAAGCCCGUGUAGUCAGAAGACUCAAUCCUGCCGAAGGCGUUUGAUCAGAGAAGGUCGCUGUUUCUGUAUUUCCCCUCAGGACACUCAGUGUAGCUUCCAGGUACCACGACAGACAGACAGAGCACAAGGGGAAAUUACAGAACAGGAGGACACCGAUUUUUUCUUCCCUGAAAGUUUAACCCCUCCCACACAGAUGCUUCUGGCCGACCUGAUUGGUGGGAGUGAUGUGUGAACUAGAUGAUCUGGCUGGACAAUCAGUGGAGCAUGAGUGUGUGCUGACAGGCAGAGCAGCAGUGUUUCUACCAGAGCGUGAGAGGGAGCGGAGGAGAGGAACAGAGCCAGAGGAAGAGGAGGAGGAGGACGACAAGGCAGAGGAGCAAAGGGGAGGAAUGGGUGUUGGUAAAAACACCACAUCUAAAUCCAUGGACUCCACCGCAGAGCCUGGCAAAUAUGAAGAGGAGAACAAACACAGUGCACAUUUCUAUCCCAUCCCUGUGGUUAACGGUGCCGUGCAAACCCCUGGUGAUCAAGACGCAGAGGACACACAGCUCAUGGCCAUUUACGCGAAAGACAGCCAGACCGAGGACAAGUGCUCCAUGUCAGAGACUGUGGACAGUGCAGACAGCAUAGAUACCAGGAGAAUGGACAUGAUAUACACCAUAGAGGACACACCACCUUGGUAUCUGUGUGUGUUCCUGGGUUUACAGCACUACCUUACCUGCUUCAGUGGAACUAUCGCUGUGCCCUUCCUGCUGGCCGAAGCCAUGUGUGUAGGUUUUGACCAGUGGGCAACCAGUCAGCUCAUUGGCACCAUUUUCUUUUGCGUGGGCAUCACCACCCUGCUGCAGACUACCCUUGGCUGCCGACUUCCAUUGUUCCAAGCUAGUGCUUUUGCAUUUCUCGCCCCAGCAAGAGCCAUCCUUUCACUGGAAAAGUGGAAAUGUAACGCAACAGCUGUUCCUGUAUUCAAUGCCACAGUGCUGCCACACACAGAAGACAUCUGGCACCCCAGGAUACGAGAGAUCCAGGGUGCCAUAAUAGUCUCGUCUCUGAUAGAGGUGGUCAUAGGGGCCUUAGGUUUGCCAGGUGUCCUGUUGAAGUACAUCGGGCCCCUCACCAUCACCCCUACUGUCACUCUUAUCGGACUCUCAGGCUUCAGGGCUGCUGGAGAGAGGGCAGGCAAACACUGGGGCAUUGCCAUGCUAACCAUAUUCCUGGUGCUGCUGUUCUCUCAGUAUGCACGUAACAUCCAGCUGCCGCUCCCCAUCUACAAAUCUAAAAAAGGCUGGACGUCUUAUCGUUUGCAGCUGUUCAAGAUGUUCCCAAUCAUCAUGGCUAUCCUUGUGUCAUGGUUUCUGUGUUUCAUCUUCACGGUGACUGACGUGUUUCCUCCUGAGAAGGACAAAUAUGGGUUCUACGCCCGAACAGAUGCUCGACAGGGCAUCCUGGCAGCCGCUCCCUGGUUUAAGAUACCCUACCCAUUCCAAUGGGGGUUGCCCACAGUGUCAGCAGCAGGGGUGAUUGGGAUGCUGAGUGCUGUGGUUGCCAGUAUCAUAGAGUCCAUUGGAGACUAUUACGCCUGUGCCCGUCUCUCCUGUGCCCCUCCUCCACCUGUACAUGCCAUUAACAGAGGGAUCUUUAUGGAGGGCAUUUCCUGUGUCCUCGACGGCGUUUUUGGGACAGGAAAUGGCUCCACAUCUUCUAGCCCAAACAUUGGAGUGCUGGGCAUCACAAAAGUGGGCAGCAGGCGGGUUAUUCAGUAUGGUGCAGCACUGAUGCUACUACUAGGAAUGGUGGGAAAAUUCAGUGCUCUAUUCGCAUCAUUGCCGGACCCAGUUCUGGGAGCGCUGUUCUGCACGUUAUUCGGCAUGAUCACCGCCGUUGGCCUUUCCAACCUGCAGUUUGUGGAUCUCAACUCGUCCCGCAACCUGUUUGUCCUUGGCUUCUCCAUCUUCUUCGGCCUGGUCCUGCCCAGCUACCUCAAAGAAAACCCCCUAGUCACUGGUAUAGUGCAGAUAGAUCAGGUGCUGAACGUUCUGCUUACAACUGCCAUGUUUGUAGGAGGUUCUGUGGCGUUUGUGCUGGAUAAUACUAUUCCUGGCACCCCGGAGGAAAGGGGCAUCCGUAAGAUGAACCGUGGAAACAGCGUAUCUAAACGGGAGAGAAUGGAGUCUUACGACCUUCCGUUUGGUAUGGAUUUCCUGCGGCGCCAUCGCAUUUUCAAGUACCUCCCGAUCAGCCCCACUUUCGCUGGCUACCAAUGGGGCAUCUUCACCCAUGGCUGCCAUGAAUGCCAUGCCAGGAGAGAGGACGAAAUGCCAACAAAGCCAGAACUGGGAGAAAGUGGGGUAUAGUGUUUAGCACUGGUAUGUUUGUCAUAGAUGGUUGUCACAAGGCUUCAUUCCACCCAGUCAGUGAAAUCUGCGAUCCAGUCCCUUAAUAAACAGCCAUCUAUAAACUUUUUUCAUCCCACAAUCCUUUAAAAACUCUAUCCUUUUUGAUCCACUCAUCAAGUUUGUCAUCAACACUAAAGUUGGUUUCUUAUAUGUUAAUACGGCUGCUGAAAACUCUGACAGCGCAGCAGCUCGGGAGCUGAUCUGAAGGUGUCUCCAUGACAACAGCGAGUGGAUGCAAUGCAGGAUGUACUUGUUCAUCUCUUUCUGUGUGGGAGGAUAUGACAACAGAGACUUGAUAGAUGGAAAAUCACUUUAUAAAACCUACCGAAUUUCCAAUAUCAGUGUUCCUUUUUUUUGGCUGACCUGAACCGCUCCGUCUACACCAAGCAUCAGUAUGUAGAUAAUUGGAUGUGUUUGAAAAUAAACGACGUACUAAUGAGUGCCUGCGUGCACGCGGUGGCCACUGUCACACACCUUCACAUUCACAACACACACGAACAUGUCCAUACUCGCUUUAUGCAUGACACAGUCCUGGAUCCCGUUAAAGCGAGCGGAUCGUUAAGGUUUACUUAGUGAUGCAAGGUUAUUGUGCUUUAUGUUCGAAUUGCACUGCUUGAAUUAACGCACAAAAUGUAGUUUGCUUGUUCCUAAUUUAA